AUGCCUCUGCAAGUCAAAAAGGCGAAGACCGCCUUCCUCUACUUUCAGAGUGAUCAGCUCUCUGUCAUUCGCAAAGAGCUCAAUCUGAGUAUGGGGGAUGCCAUGACUGAGCUUGCGUCUCGAUGGAAAGCAAUGUCAGACGACGGCAAGCAAAAGUACUUUGAUCUCGAACACAAAGACAAAGAGCGCUUUGAUCGAGAAUCUGCCGAGGCCGAUGCUGCUCGAUUGGCACAGCAAGAAAAACGACGAAACGCUCAGUUUGUCCAACAGGGAGAAGAUGCCCGAAGCAGAGGGGCUCGCAAAGCACAAGACGAAGAGCGUGAACGAAAGGAAAAAGACCGCGAACGAAGGCGCCAGAAAAGGGAAGAUGAAAUGGAUGAUGACGAGCGCGCCGAAAGAGAUCGAUUGAUUGCCGAGAAGAAGGCCGAAGUGGAAGAGCGCCAACGCCAACGUGCCGAAGAAGAAAAGGCGCUCGCCAAGCAACAUAAGAAGCUUGACAAGGAAGAAUCCAAAAAGGCUGCAAAUCGUUUGGAGUACCUCUUCAAGCAGUCGCCAAUCUUUGCAAAACUGAAGAUGGGAAAAGGGGAGAUGAAUGACGACGCACCGGCCGAAGACCCAAAAGCAAAGGGUCGUGGUGCCCGCACAGAGAAGAAACCACAUCACAUCCACGACAAGGAGUCUGGAGAUGAAGAAGAGGAGGAAGAGGAAGAGCAACAUGUAUUCCUCACGAAACAACCAAGUUGUAUCAAAUUCGGCAAGCUCAAGCCAUACCAGGUUGAGUCACUGAACUGGAUGAUCCACUUAGCAGAAAAGGGGUUGAACGGUAUUUUAGCCGAUGAGAUGGGUCUUGGGAAAACACUACAAAGUAUAUCCAUCAUGGCAUAUCACUGGGAGUAUCUGAAGAUCCAAGGUCCGCAUCUGAUCUGCGUCCCCAAGUCCACACUUUCAAAUUGGAUGAACGAGCUAAAGCGUUGGUGCCCCAGUCUUCGGGCAAUCCGAUUCCACGGCUCCCGUGAAACGAGAGAGCAGAUGGUUGAAGAGUUUUUUUCCAAUGAAGCUGCGGCGCACGAUGGGAGACGCCCAGACCGACAGAUCAUGGAUGAACAUGGCGAAUUGGUGGAUGACAACUCGAACAACCCAAGACGAUGGGAUGUGUGUGUCACGACAUACGAAAUCUGCAACUCUGAAAAGAAAACGUUGCAAAAAUUUGCCUGGAAAUAUCUAAUCAUCGACGAAGCACAUCGUCUCAAAAAUGACGCUAGUAUGUUCAGUACAACUGUGCGUAGCUUUCGCACUUUCAAUCGGUUGCUACUUACGGGAACACCUUUACAGAACAACCUUCGGGAGCUGUGGGCACUUCUUAACUUUCUUUUACCGGAUAUCUUCUCGUCAGCAGAUCAAUUUGAUGAAUGGUUCAACUUGGAGAUUGACGAUGAGGAUGCAAAGAAGAAUAUGAUCUCUCAGCUUCACAAGAUUCUGCGUCCAUUCAUGUUGCGUCGAUUGAAGGCGGAUGUUGCGAAAGGGCUCCCCCCUAAAACAGAGACAAUUAUUAUGGUUGGUAUGUCAAAAAUGCAGAAGCAACUCUACAAGAAGCUCUUGCUUCGUGAUCUCGACAGUAUCACUGGAAGCUCGGGAAAGAACAGGACUGCAGUGCUAAACAUUGUCAUGCAACUUCGAAAGUGUUGUGGACACCCAUACUUAUUCGAGGGUGUAGAAGACCGCACGUUAGAUCCACUCGGAGAGCAUCUUGUAGAGAACUGCGGAAAAUUAUUCAUGGUUGAUAAACUGUUGAAGAAACUGAAGGAACGUGACAGCCGUGUGUUGAUCUUCACACAAAUGACCCGAGUGUUGGAUAUCUUGGAAGAUUACAUGGUGAUGCGCGGACACAAAUACUGUCGGAUUGACGGAAACACGGCAUACGAGGACCGAGAGUUUGCCAUUGAUGAGUUUAACAAGCCCAACAGCGAAAUAUUCUGCUUCAUUCUAUCGACACGUGCAGGAGGACUUGGAAUUAACUUGCAGACGGCGGAUACCUGCAUUUUGUACGAUAGUGACUGGAACCCGCAACAGGACUUGCAAGCUCAAGAUCGUUGUCACAGACUGGGUCAAAAGAAGCCAGUUAGUGUGUACCGUCUUGUUAGUGAGAACACCGUUGAAGAGAAGAUUGUGGAACGCGCCCAGCAGAAACUGAAGCUUGACGCAAUGGUGGUUCAACAGGGGAGAUUAAAAGACAAGGACAAAGUUUCAAAAGAAGAAAUUAUGGCUGCCGUACGUUUUGGGGCUGAUACAAUAUUUCGUUCUGAAGAGUCAACUAUCACAGAUGAGGAUAUCGAUGUCAUCCUGGCACGUGGUCAAGCCAAAACAAAAGAGAUUGCAGAGAAAAUUCAAAAAGCGGAGAAAGGGGAUCUUUUGGAUUUCCGUCUUGAUGGUGGGGUAUCUGCGCAGACGUUUGAAGGUGUUGACUACAGUGACCGUGAGCUUCGAGAUCAAUUGCGAAUGUUGGCUGCUAAUUCAAUGGGAAAGCGCGAGAGGCGUCCGCCACCAACAAGUUAUAACCCUAUCAUGCACCCCAAGAAAUCUAUGGUUGUUAACAACCAGCGAAUCAAAUUACCGAAGAAUUUGCGCUUGCCCUCCAUGGAAGAUCAUCACUUUUACAACAGAGAGCGCUUGCUAGAACUCGGGAAGUUGGAAUUCGAAACAUAUGCCACGCUUAGGGAGGCUGGAAAACUUCCUCCACGUGAUUUCCUAGAUAAUGCCAGAACACUAUUGCCUGACGAGCUUGGGCAAGAAAAGAUCGAACUCUUGGAUGAAGGAUUCGGUAACUGGAGUAGGAGUCAGUAUUUUCAGUUUAUUAAGGCAUGUGCGAAAUAUGGCCGUGAGGAUAUCGCAAGUAUCUCUGCAGACAUGGAUAUGUCAGUGAAAGAGGUCGAACCCUACAGUCGUGCAUUCUGGGAAUAUGGGCCAACCGAGCUAAAGGACGAAUGGGAACGUGUCGUUUCGAAUAUUGAGAAAGGAGAAAAGAAGAUCGCAAAACAGAAGAAAUUGACCGCACUCCUUUCAAAGUUCGUAUCGACAUUUGACGACCCUAGAAAUGAAAUGGUCUUUGCCAACAAGGGUACAACUCAUUUUUCCCUGGAGCAAGACCGUGCCCUUCUAUAUGCAGUGAACUUGCACGGGUAUGGCAAUUGGGAUUCCGUAAGAGAGAGUUUGCGGAAGGAUGGCAGGCUCAAGUUCCAACACACUGUGCAAGGUAUGACAACGUCUAUGAUUGCUAAGCGUUGUGAUUAUCGUAUGAGGCAAAUGGAACGCGAACUAGAAGCACGAGAAAAAGCAAUGAAGAACAAGAAAUCUGCAACUCUCAUCGCUGCUCAAAAGCUUCUUGAUGAAGUGAAAGAGAUGGACGAGUGGGAAGCCGAGGCUCAAAAACUUGAGAUGGAGGGAAAAGACCCACCUCCACUUGACAACCUAAGCGACGAUGCUGCCGCUGUGCUCCGAGAGCGGCAGCAAGAACGAGAGCCUUGCAUUGCUCGUCUUCGAAUGAUCGAAGCACAGGUCACUAGGUGUCUCGGUGUUGCGGAAAGUACGAAGGAAUCAAUUUUGAGAGGAGAUCAGUAUGUCAACUACAGUAAUAUUACACUGAAAAAGCCAAAAGAUGCUAAGGAGGAGCCUCCUGAAAUUGAGAAUGGUGAACUUGAGGCGCGCAUCAACAAACGUAUCCUCCAAGUCCCAGAAUGUGGCAAGUGUGAAGCAUGCACUGAGGUCACUACUAGGCGAAAAUUAUGUCAGAAGAGAAUGGAAACUCGUGAAAAGCUGAUUGCGUCUGAGAAGAAGGCGAUAUACAAGGCAUGGAAAGAAGACAAGAAAAGCGGGAAGAAACGAAAGGUUGCGACGAAUACUUUCCAUGCUCCAAAGAAGAUGAAGAUGACAACAGCAGGAAAGAAGAAGGGAUCAAAGCUGAUGAAGAAUUCGAGCGGGCAGCUGAAGCCUCGUGUCACAUCACAAGGAAAUAAGCGAAUGUCCAUUCCAGAUGAAUUAUUCCCUGAGUUUUGUCGUCGUAUUGGGGCGGGUGGAACUGGCGAGAGGAUGAAACUCAUCAAUCAAUUUGCUGAAGAAAACCCCACAGUGUCAGUUCGUCAAGUAACCCUCCGUCUAGGUGAGGUCACGACGAAAGAUAUCCCAAGAUGUGUUACUCCAGUAGAAAGAGAGAAGAAAGCAGGAAGAGCAUUCAUGUUCUACUUAAGACCCCGUUUCUACAAAUUCUUGCCCCCUGACGAGCGGCCUGACGACUGGGAAAAGUGCGCUGAAGAAGAUGAAAUCAAAUGGCAGGAAGAACAGAAGGAUAAAAAAGCUGGCAGGCAAAAGAAGAAGGAGAAGAGGUCUUCUAUUUCUAGCGUGGCGUCAACAACGUCUGAUCCGGCUGAGACCUCGAGCAAUCCUUCACCAUCCGUGCAAGAUGAUGGAUCGGAACAGGAUGAUGAUGAUGAUGAUGGAUCGGAACAAGAUGAUGGUGAAGAGACCGAAGACGAAGACGAGGACGAGAAAGAACCCGUGGUUAAGAAGCUGAGAAUGGAUUGA